UCGAGAAUGGACUUCACUGAUAAAGUUGUUAUUGUAACCGGGGCCAGUUCUGGCAUCGGGGCCGCUACAGCUGUGUUGUACGCGAAACAAUCUGCCAAAGUCGUCAUAGUCGGAAGAAAUGAAACAGGAUUGAAUAAAGUUGCGCAACAAUGCGAAGCAGCAAAGGGUCUGAAGCCUUUGAUCGUUAAAGCUGAUCUCACAAGCGAUGAAGACGUAAAAAAAAUCGCUACGAGAACAAUCGAAAUAUUUGGGAAGAUUGACGUUUUAGUGAACAAUGCGGGAGUCGGAUUCCGUGGCAGCGUCCGAGACGGCGUUGAACUAUUUGACCAAGCAAUGGCUUCCAAUUUAAGGCCAGCCUAUUUACUUACGGGUCUUAUAACGCAGCACCUAAUGAAAACGAAAGGUAAUAUUGUCAAUGUAUCUAGUGUUGCUGCCUUCCGACCCAUUAAAGAUUUGGAUUUCACGCCGUAUUGUAUAUCAAAGGCAGGAUUGGAUAUGUUCACGAAAUGUGUCGCUUUAGAAUUGGCUCGUGAUGGUAUCCGUGUGAACUCCGUUAAUCCUGGCGGAACUAAGACGCCUUUUGUUGAAGCUGCAGGAUUUACCAAACAGCAAGCUGAGGAGGUUUUCGAAAAUAGAAAAACUAUUUAUCCGCUGGGCAAAGUAUGCCAAACCGAAGAGGUGGCGGAGUUAAUACUGUAUUUGUCUAGCGAAAAAGCGAGGAGCAUUACUGGUGGUAUUUUUGUUAUUGAUAACGGUGAAAUACUUACAUAAUUUUGAUUUAAUUUAAAUAUAAAAAUGUUUAAUCUUUUUUCCAUUCGUAAUGCAUUGGAAUGUUGUUUAAAAAGUUAUAAUUGUAUUUACAUUCAAAUUAGAUGGCAUAAAAACGUAUUUCUUGUAUUCAAAUAAAGCAAAAUGAA